AUGGCCAUACUUCAAGACGCUGUUGCGCGACAAUAUGGCGAGCUUGAGCGUGUCCAAGCAAAGGGAAUAACUGGUUGUGCUGUCACCGCCAAGCUUGACUUCCCCAAAACCAGGGGAUUGUCCAAAAUGCGUGUUGGACCAAGUAAUACAACCUUCCUCGUAGUACCUACUACCAAUGUAGUGCCCUCAGGCCAAUUGAACAAUCACAUUCCAGCCAGAAGCUCUUCUAUUAAAGAGAACCCAGUGUCCGAGGAGCAAGUCAAAAGCGAAUGA